GUAAGGAGUACGUGUUCCAGGCCAGGUUGGACUUCAAACAACUUCUGAGUUUUUCUGAGUUGCAGCUUUGGCAGUGAUGGCUGGAUUUGGGGAAGGAGUAGGAUAGUGGGGGGCGGCUGCAGGUGAUUUUUGCCUCUUCCUCGGGGGUGGGCCUUGGACAGGAGCAGCAUCCUGCCCGGCACCGCAUCCUGCUAUUAUGCUCAGAACUAUGAAGGGAAUUCCAGACGCAGAGAAGCUUCGUACCAGGAGGCCCAGUCCCAGAGGGCGGAGGGGCUGGAGGCGGGACCCUAGCGCGCGCGUGGCGAAGGCGGCGGCGGCGGCGGCGGCAGCGACAGCGCCCACUCCCCCACCUCCUCGCCGCGGAGCCGCUGCUCUUCCCCCCCACACCCCACCCCACCCCCACCCCCGCCCGCCCCAGCUGCCCGGCCCUGCGCUCCGCUCGGCUCUUUCCGCCGCUGCCUCUCGCUGGCCCGUGCGCUCCGGCACCUUCGGCAAUUUCCGUCGGGCCGCGGCCGCCAUUUUCUCGCUGCUAGUGUGUCUCGCUGGCUGCGCCGCUCGGUCCUUCUCAGCGGAGCUUUGUCCAGUUCGGCAAUGGACGGCAUUGUCACUGAUGUUGCAGUUGGAGUGAAGAGAGGAUCUGACGAACUUCUUUCAGGCAGUGUACUCAGUAGCCCAAACUCUAAUAUGAGCAGCAUGGUAGUUACUGCCAAUGGUAAUGACAGCAAGAAAUUCAAGGGAGAAGAUAAAAUGGAUGGGGCCCCUUCCCGUGUACUUCAUAUUCGAAAAUUACCUGGUGAAGUGACAGAAACAGAAGUUAUUGCUUUGGGCUUACCUUUUGGUAAGGUAACCAACAUCCUAAUGCUGAAAGGAAAAAAUCAGGCAUUUUUGGAAUUAGCUACAGAAGAAUCUGCUAUAACUAUGGUUAAUUACUAUUCUGCUGUGACACCUCAUCUUCGAAACCAACCCAUAUAUAUCCAGUACUCCAAUCAUAAAGAAUUAAAGACAGAUAAUACAUUAAACCAGCGUGCUCAAGCUGUUCUUCAGGCUGUGACAGCUGUACAGACAGCAAAUACUCCACUUAGUGGCACUACAGUUAGUGAGAGUGCAGUAACUCCAGCCCAGAGUCCAGUACUUAGAAUAAUUAUCGACAAUAUGUAUUAUCCUGUAACUCUUGAUGUUCUUCAUCAGAUAUUUUCCAAGUUUGGUGCUGUACUGAAGAUAAUCACAUUUACUAAAAACAACCAGUUCCAAGCUUUACUGCAAUAUGGUGAUCCAGUAAAUGCACAACAAGCAAAAUUAGCUUUGGAUGGUCAGAAUAUUUAUAAUGCAUGUUGUACUCUAAGGAUUGAUUUUUCCAAACUGGUAAAUUUGAAUGUAAAGUACAACAAUGAUAAAAGUAGAGACUAUACUCGACCUGAUCUUCCAUCUGGUGAUGGACAGCCAGCUUUGGACCCAGCUAUUGCUGCAGCAUUUGCUAAGGAGACAUCUCUUCUAGCUGUUCCAGGAGCUCUGAGUCCUUUGGCUAUUCCAAAUGCUGCUGCAGCAGCUGCUGCAGCUGCUGCUGGCCGAGUGGGUAUGCCUGGAGUCUCAGCUGGUGGCAACACAGUCCUGUUGGUUAGCAAUUUAAAUGAAGAGAUGGUUACGCCCCAAAGUCUGUUUACCCUCUUCGGUGUUUAUGGGGAUGUGCAACGUGUGAAGAUUUUAUACAAUAAGAAAGACAGUGCACUUAUACAGAUGGCUGAUGGAAACCAAUCACAACUUGCAAUGAACCAUUUGAAUGGACAAAAAAUGUAUGGGAAAAUUAUUCGGGUUACCCUCUCCAAGCAUCAGACUGUACAACUACCUCGAGAGGGGCUUGAUGACCAAGGCCUAACUAAAGAUUUUGGUAAUUCCCCAUUACAUCGCUUUAAGAAGCCUGGCUCUAAAAAUUUUCAGAAUAUAUUUCCUCCAUCAGCCACUCUUCACCUUUCCAAUAUUCCUCCGUCAGUAGCAGAGGAAGAUCUACGUACACUUUUUGCUAACACUGGGGGCACUGUGAAAGCAUUUAAAUUUUUUCAAAGAGAUCACAAGAUGGCGCUUCUUCAAAUGGCCACGGUGGAAGAGGCUAUCCAGGCACUGAUUGACCUUCAUAAUUAUAACCUUGGAGAAAAUCAUCAUCUGAGAGUUUCUUUCUCCAAAUCAACAAUUUAAAAAAAAGGAGUUAAAAGAUUUAGGGUGAAUCACAUUGUCAGUGUCAUCACCUGUUGACUGUUCAGAAAAGUGGGGACCAGAGUUUGACUUUUGGGUUUUUUUCAUGCUGUUAUCAUUCCUUGGUUAUAAUAAAAUGAAAUGCAUACGUUAAAAGGCAGAGGUAUUAACUGCUUUUUUUUUCAUCUGUUGUAUAGGGAAGCCAUUUUAUUGUCUGUUGAAAAGAUUUCAGUUGAAUCCCACAUUUUUUUUCCAACUUAGUUGACAUACGUGCCUUAAAAAGGAAAAACUAGUAUUGCUAGAAUGCAUUUAC